CCUAUAAUGUUUGUAUUCUUUGUAAGUAUUGUUUGUAAAUGUAUUAUCGAUUCGUUCUGAUUUGUGCUGAAGUAUUUUCAGGCUGGAUGUUGUUUUUAACGCAAACUUGCAGCAGUGUAGCAGUAGGUGGCAGCGUUGCGCUUUAGUUUGACGACUAACUCACUCAGUAAAAUCAAAGAAGAAGAAGGCAGACGCGACAGAGAACGGAAGUGAAAGGAAAGCCCUCGAAAUUCCUUUAGUCCUUUAUUUUAAGAACAUGUAUCACUGGCGUAUCGAGGGCACAGUUAGUUUACACUCACAGGCUGAGAGCAGGCACGACGGCGGAGAUAUUUUAACACGUUGAAUCAUGGAGGAAGUUUACGUCCAGUAACCACUGCCAGAAUGACGUAACUCAAGUACAGGAGAGCGGAGAAACCACCGCGCGUGCUCGACGAUGCUCCAUCGUGUGUCGCCCGCGUGGUUUUGGUGCGGAUCAGAGCGCGCGGGGUUCUGUCUGGGGACGUGCGUCUGCGCGGCGCUCGCGCUUCUGACGUACGCGGCGGGCGUCCAGGCGAGUCUCACCGUCGGCCCGGGUGGAGACUUCCCGAGGCUCACAGAUGUGCUCCUGUACGCCUUCAGUCACGACGAGCUGCUCUCCCUGCUGGUCAGCGUCGCCCUGCUGCUGCUGGUCGGACCGAGUCAGGAGCGUCGCUGGGGAACAGUGGCCUUCCUCCUCCUCUCCAUCCUGACCACGGCCGCUGUUCCUCUCCUUUACGCCCUGCUCCUCUUCGUCGGCGGGGCCGGGCCGAGUCGGAUCUGCGGCUGCUCCGCCGUCCAGCUGGCUCUGCUCGCGGCGCAGUGUCGUCAGGUGGCAGCGAGGAGGCUGCUGAGGUGUUUGCCGUUGUGGUUUCUGCCCUGGCUUCUUCUGCUGGUCGGCGUGGUGCUGCUGCCCGGGACACCUGCCCUGCUUCACUUCUGCGCAAUACUCCUCGGACACAACUACACCAUGGCAUUCAUAGGGAUACUUCAGGAGCUGGAGGAGACCAGGGUCUUGGACUUGGUUCCUGAUUGGGUGUAUGUCCGCUCUUCAGCCAGGUGGAGACUGCCCGUCUGCAUCGCCUCUCAGAGGUCCAGGUCCCUUUUUCUGUCACCGCCUGAAGAUCAGGCAGCUGCCCCCCUGACGAGGGAUCAAUUGAACCACCACCCAUGGGAGGAUGGAGUACCCGCUUGGAUAAUGAACCGGUCUGCUGCACCGUCUGAGGCAGAAGUACCGGAGGAACAUAUGCUAAAAGCAGGAAUUCUGGCCUCAUUACAGGAUGCCCCCUACAACCCUGAUUCGAAAGUGGAGGUGCCCAAAUCAUCAGUUUCCUCUCUGCGGCUCCAGCAGCUGGAGAAGAUGGGCUUCCCCACAGAUAAAGCUGUAGUGGCGUUAGCUGCCUCUAAACAGCUGGAUGGCGCAAUUUCGUUGCUCAUCGAUGACAGCGUUGGAGAACAGGCCGUGGUGGUCUCCAAAGGGAAGACCACCUCCCACCUGUGAGAACUGAAACACUGUGCAAUAAGCUGUACUUACAUUAUGCUUGGGUUUUGCUGAGCUUUAAUAUUAGAUUAUAUAUUUUCCCUGUGGGCUACUACUGUUAGCAAUUUAUGGGGGGAGGAAAUACAUGAUUUGUUUUUUUGCCACAACUCAGGGCUGUAGUGGAGGUGCGUUUACGCACCUCUAGAAUUUUGGAAAUAGCGUUUACGCACCUAUAAAUAGCGUUUACGCACCUCAAAGUUCCCUGCGCCUUGU